CAAUGAUCUUCUGUAUCCACCCGCUAUAAAGGGGCAAGCAACUUAGCUUGCUGCGACCUUCCUGUCCGUUUGCCGAGUCUAUAUCAGGUAUGCGCCCCGACCCGCGAAGAUGACCAGGUUGCGGGGAGCUUCGACAGGCUCGCCAGAUACUCCGCGAACGCCCUUAUCCACUGAGAGGCCUCAAUUCUACUGGUCAAAACUCCCACAGAAUGCUCCCGAUAUCAUCGUUCUGAACACCAUCCAGGUGUCAGAUCCUGCCCGGGUUCUGGCAUGGCAAAGAGACGAUCGAAGGAGGCAGUUCAAUCUCUUGGUCCGCAGGUACAAGAAUCAACUUCUUUACGGUUGUCAAGAUCCCGAGUGCCAUACUCCAACUUGUGCUAGCUUCCGGAAAAGGGUGAUCGAAGGACCCUAUCGUCGUUAUACGGAGUUGAGUGCGCGGACACUGGCUUGCUAUUUAGCCAGCUUGGACAAUGCAGAAAGUGGGCUAUGUCGUAACGUUCCAAAAGUUCCAUCGGAGUUUCCGUCGCAAGUUUCUAUGCGCCGCCCUAGGCGACAAAGACAUACACACAAUGGAAUUGGAGAACACAAUGCGCCACCGGGCCAUUACCAGGGCACCGACGAGAUGGUUCCAGCAGGUCAGGUGCCUCUUGAAAGGGAUUCCCAUCCCACUCAUUUAGCCGGGGUUCCUGAAAACAGAUAUAUGCCACAUUUCGAUGUGCAUGCACAAGGCGGAAGCUCUCUUGAUCAUGGAAAUCCCCAAACUCGGAGGAUGAAGGACCCAAAGUCCUUCACGCAAAAUUUAUUUGACACCCUAUCGCUCCGAAUGGUAGAAUGGCUUCCUCUUCGUCGAUCUAUGGGCACAUUUGAAUCGGAGCCCGAUCACUCGUCGAUUCCCCAGGCCGUGGCGCAGUCACCGAGGCUGGAGAGUCCGCAGAGACAAACUCAUGCAAGUACGGAAAGGUCUCAUUCGAACCACGACCGGACAAUCGGAUCUAACUUGCCGGGAAAAGGCACUCCAAAGACCCCUUCAUCACGAAUCAUAAGUGGUCAACCGGCGGCCCUGGAACUGAAACUUCCUAGUCAACAUCUGAAACGACUCUCAUUUACAGAGGUCGACUCCUGGCGCCAAAGUCCACGGCCAACUCCGGAGGAGAAGACGCGAUCCGAACGCAAGCCAACUAGAACACUCUCAAUCAAUGCAUGUUCGGAGUCCAAUGAGUUUGUGAGCAUGCCUUCCCCACCGGCGUUAAAACACCGCCCACAGAAGCACCGAGGCAAAGUGAUCGAUGCAAAUGGCGUCAUUCGCAGCCAACAUAAAAAACAGAGACGCGUUUCCUGGGAUGGGUCGAAGAUUCUAAAUGAUGCUCAACGUCGAGAAACCCCAAAGCCGCCUCAGGUGCCACGCGAUCGGCCAGCUGCUGAAGCAGUCUCUCAUGAUUCGAAGUCGAAGCGCAAAGACAAACGCCGCCAGUAUAGUGCAUCCCAGUCCAUCCAAACGGUGACACACUUAACAAGUGAUAUUAUUGACGGGUUGGGUCAGAUCAUGGUUCAAUCGGAUGAAGAAGCUCAAAGGUGGAAGGAUGAGCUAUCUUGCAUGGAGCUUGCAGGUAGCUUUGAUGAUCCAGAAUGGCAAUUUGCAACGCCCCGCCAACAACAAGUAUUCGCUUUUGUGGCUCAGUCUGUCUUUUAUGUACUCAGCAGCACAAGGCAGAUUCUUCGGUCGUUUCGAGAGGAUUCGACCAGCACGAAUGAAAGGAAACAGAGAUCUGUGAAUGCCCGCCUUGACCUCCCACAAUUACAAAUCUCAUUCCGGAGGCUUUUCGACGUUUGCCCCUGGGAUAUCGCUUUGCAGAGCAUAUGGGGUGCUCUGGAAAAGCUAUUUAUUCCUCCCAAAGAGCUAUCUAUAACUGUCAAGCAUUCCCGCCGCCCAUCUCGCAGCUCGACAUCAAUAUCACCCGUUUCGAAUCCCGUAAACCAAUACCGAGAGUUUGAAGGGGUGACGGGUGAGCAUAUAUCGGAUGACAACGCAGCUUAUGUUGCGACUGUCGCACUUUUCGCUUUGGUUAGCUCGCUUCCCGAGGUAGAUACGCAAACUUGGCGUGGCAUUCUUCAAAUGCGUUCUGCUGGGACACUGGCUCCAGACGCGGAAAUGCGAAAUCUUUCAUCUAUUAAAUCUCAACUUAUCGUACGGGUCACGGACAAACUUGAACAUGAACUGGCUUUACGCUUGGUUAGCCGUUUCGUCCGUGCUCUUACGGCACGAUUGGCAUUCCAUGAAAUAUCAAAAACGCGACGAGUCUACACACAGGAUUCCCCUAAACAGCGCAGGCCCAGUGUCCUGGAUUUAAUAUUAGACAACCUAAGCGAACACCAUAGUCUGAUAACGGCUGGGUCCGGCAGUCCACCCUUGACCAAGUUCCCUGGGCCAUCUGCUAUCAUUGUCGAAUGGCUGCGAACGCUGCUCCUCAGAGAGUGGGAUGGUAACCCUGAGAUGGCCAGAAGCAGUGCUGCUGGCGGUGCUGUGCAGAUAUUGGCGUCCAUGUAUAAGGAACGAAAUCGGUUAGGUCUUGUCCCGGAAGACUUCCAUACCCCAUUUCUAUCUGAAAGGCUGGACCCCAUGGAAAUGCCUGUGGAUUGGCUGAACCGUUCGCCCAACAACAAAACAAUACACCUUCUGUCGUAUUCUUUCCUCUUCCCUCCCUCUGCACUGGUUACCUACUUCCGUGCUGUGAACCAUUCAACUAUGUCCAAGUACUACGAAGCGGCAAUGACUACAACGAGACAUGUUACCCAGACGGCCUUCAGUGCCAUACAUGUAAGUGACGACGUUGGACUUCUAGCACGCAUGAAGACGUCUAUGUCGACAUAUCUCGUCCUUAUGGUUUCUCGGGACCAUGUCCUCACAGAUGCUAUGAACCAGCUUUGGCGGCGUGAGAGACGGGAGCUUAUGCGGCCGCUGAAGGUGCAAAUGGGAAUGGAUGAGGGUGAAGAGGGUGUCGAUCACGGCGGUGUUCAACAAGAAUUCUUCCGAGUGGCCAUGGCAGAGGCUCUGAAUCCUUCCUAUGGCAUGUUCACCACGGACAGUCGAACGCGGAUUUCUUGGUUCCAACCUUGCGCUAUGGAGCCGUUAUACAAAUUCGAGCUUUUGGGCCUUCUGAUGUCGAUUGCAGUUUAUAAUGGCCUAACGCUUCCGAUAAAUUUCCCAACCGCACUGUAUCGCAAGCUGCUUGGGCUUAAGGUGAAGCACCUUGAUCAUGUCAGGGACGGUUGGCCAGACCUUACCAGAGGUCUCGAGGAACUAUUGAAAUGGAAAGAUGGCGACGUGGGCGACAUUUUCAUACGGACUUAUGAGUUCAGUUUCGAGGCGUUCGGCAGCGUAAGGACGGUCAAUAUGCAGAGAAUUGACCGAGACGCUGUUUGGCCUGUGCCUUCUGAGUAUGCGCAGUCUAAGAAGAAUCGUUCGACUAUCUCAGUGGAGGGGACGUCUGGCUCACAGCCCGAAAUGGUAGCUGAAACAGUUGAUUCAUCUUUGGAUGGUGAAGCCAAUAAGAAGACGGACAACGCAGUACCAUCUCAACCUCCAACACCCACAGGAGACGAAGAGGAAGAAGAGGCCCCUUUGGUAACAAACCAGAACCGUCACCAAUUUGUCAAAGACUAUACCUUCUGGUUGACGGACAAAUCAGUUCGCGCACAAUAUGAAGCCUUUGCACGUGGAUUCUAUACCUGUCUGGAUCGGUCAGCGCUCUCUAUUUUUACGCCAGAGGCCCUGAAAUCGGUUGUUGAAGGCAUCCAGGAGAUUGACAUGAGAGAACUGGAACGGUUUGCUCGGUACGAAGGUGGGUUUGGUCCUACGCACCGAGUAAUUCGCGAUUUCUGGAGCAUUGCGAGGCGCUUCUCUCCAGAGAAGAGAGCAAGGCUCUUGGAGUUCGUCACCGCUAGCGACCGUGUCCCAGUGAAUGGUAUCUCGAGCAUCAUGUUUGUGAUCCAGAAGAACGGCAUGGGUGAUGCUCGUCUCCCGACCAGUUUAACUUGCUUUGGCCGACUGCUGCUGCCAGAAUACUCAUCGAAGAGUGUUCUAGAGGAAAAAUUGAGCAAAGCACUGGAGAACUCUCGCGGAUUUGGUGUUGCAUGAGUUUUCAUUAAGAGCGCUGUAUUGGGGUAUACGCAUGUGCGCAUUUCGGUAUAUGUCCAGGUUCGGUCCCUUCUCGCAUCUUACAUAUAAUGAAGGGGGGGCCUGAAGUUCAUCAGCCUCCUUUUGGGUUACGGAUCUUGUUUUAUUGUACUGGCUUUGGUUCAUGAAAGCCGCUUCGGUCUUUCUCGCUUCAUUCGGGUCUUGAAUGGUCGCAUAAAAUCCCAUAUCAAUAUUAUUACAUAUUCACCUGGGAAUAAUAAUUCUUGGGGAUUAAAUAUUCCUAAUACCCAAAAAAGGACGAGAACCACUACAAACUAGACUAUAGAGGCGCGUACAAGGGUAGAGAAAUCAUACCUUGUCGUGAGUUGUCUAUCGUUAGCAUUUC